AUGCAGCCGUAUCGGGUAACCAUACGGCCGGAGUGGCCUCCUUGCCGGCAGCCCGCAAUCUGCACACGCACCAGUCCGCGUGUCUGUGGCCGCACCAGCGACGGUGUCUGCCGUCGCUUCGUCAACAUUUGCGAACUGCUCUCGGUGAAUCGGGGCGUACGUCCUCUGACUCCUGGUCGGAGCACCCCAAGUCCCAGGUGGACGCAUACACGUGACGCGAAUUGCCGCACAGUUAGAGGGCUGGGCGCUGCAAACGAGCGAAGCUGCUUCUCGCCGUGCCCUCGUCGCCGCGUCACUUGCCCCCCGUCCCGGAGACCGGUGUGUGUGCGUGCCAGGGACACCGAGCAAUGUAAAUUGUUGACCGGCGCUUGCCAACUGCGCAACAACAAUUGCUUCACGCGCCCACGCAACAAUUGGAUUGAAGUCGAUAGACGUCGCUGUGGUAAGGCGAACGUAGGCGACAAGCCGCGUGCCUGCAGGCCAGUUCCCACGGUUCGUCCCACUGCACGUUCCAGCACUACGAGACGCAGCACCACAACGAGAAGACCAACAACCAGACGCUCCACUAGGCGCACCACUCGCCGCACCACCACACCAUCUACUGACCCCGAAACACCCACAGUGCGUCCCACCCCGCGCCCCACAACCUUGGCCAGCUCUUAA